AUGAAUUUUCAACGUAAAACACGAGAAAACUCUGUGGAUACUCGAUCACAAAAAGAUCUUGCUACAAUGAAUACCAUUCCUACAUCUUUCGAAAAAUGUCAAAAUGGGGAGAAUAUGCACCCAUCACAGCAACGAUCAAUCUCAUGUAUUCGAGUUCCAACAAAUGCUCCGAACAUUGUAUUUAAACAUGAACUUUGUCCUUAUGCAAAUAGAGGUCAAUGCCGCUACACCGCCGAUGAAUGUAAAUAUCUCCAUACACCAUGCGGAAAUUUUGAUUCAUGUUCACAGUCCAACUGUCCUCUAGCUCAUACAAGACCAUUAUCUUCUGUAAGUCAAGAAUGGGAAAUGAUUCAUCCUUAG